AUGCCCAGCGCAGCGGUGCAUGUCAUUGCGUCGGACGCAGCAAACAACAACAGCAAUAAUAAUAAUAACGAAGACGCGCGCAGUACAAGUAGCACACUUGUUAAUGGCGAACGCAACGACAACACGGCAGAACACGAUACUACUCGAACAACGACAACUAACGAUGAACAACAACGAAGAGCUGUUUCAACAGUACGGCACGGGUUUGACCAUGCUGUGUAUGAGGAUGACGUUCUAAGCUUUUUACACUUUUCUGACAAACGACAUGACACCAAUGCCAAACCAGAUCCAGCUGUGCGAAAUGUGUCUCUAGAUUGGGUCUCCUCGUUAUCUGUCUGA